CCCUGAAAUUUGCCAUGGUAUGGCCCCAGGUUGGGAAUCACUGUCCUAGAGAAUCUUUGGUUGGAAGUGGCCAGGACACCUUCACACUGAACACUUGCAGCCGAAUAACAUGCAUUGCCCGGGACGGCAGCGAGCGCAGUGGACACACGCGGUAAUGCGGUGGCAACUCGCUGUAAUGCAGGGAUUCAGCAACUACACGUCAGUGAAAACAUAUUGAACCAGGGAGAUAAUAAAAUGGCUGCGAAACGCCCGGCCGGGAGUUGGACCGAGGAGGUAGUUUGUCCCAUCUGCCUGGAUUUCUUCACCGAUCCGGUGGCGCUGGACUGCGGGCACAACUUCUGCCGCUCCUGUAUCACACAGAGUUGGGACAGGGAGGGGAGAAACUCCUGCCCGGAAUGCAGAGAGGAUUCUGCAAACCGCACCCUCAGGGUGAAUCGGGCCUUGGUUAGACUGUCUGAGAAAGCUCGAACACUGAGCCUGAAUCUCAAAGCGAAGAAAAGCAAACUUCAGUGCGAGAAACAUCAGGAAGAACUGAAGCUGUUUUGUAAAACUGACAAGAAACUGAUCUGUUUGAUUUGUGCAACUGCGCGGGGACACAAGUCUCACAGCUUAACGCUGAUAGAAGAAGCAAUUGAAUUCUACAAGGAACAGGUGAAAUCUUCUUUCGAAUCUCUCACAGAAAUGGAAUCAGAGAUCCAGAAAGUGGAGCAGGAACAGAAAAAGAGCAUUUCUGGAGUUCAGGAAGAGUCACACAACCUUCAGUCACUGAUCACAUCCCAGUUUGCUGAACUGCACCAGAUUCUCACUGAGAAAGAGCAGCGCUUACUCGGAGAUGUCCAGGAAGAAGAGGAGAAGAUUGUAAAAACAAUGGAGAAAAAUCUUCAAGAGAUUCAAGAGAAUUUAAAUUCCAUUCGGGAGGAACUCUCAAAAUUGCAGGGACAGAUAGACCACAAGGACGGUGUGAUAUUUCUGAAGGAGGAAGCUGGUCGCAAGAGCAGGGUUAUUGAUGAAACCAAACCAAUGUUGGUGGUAGAUAGCGCGUUGCCCAUUGAAAAGUAUGAUCGCACCCUUUUCUACAACAUAGCAUUGAGCGAAACAUAUGAUAUCAUCAAACGAGGUGAAACUGAUACCUUUUCCAUUGAUCUUUUUUAA